CCUUUGCGCGUCCUCAUUUGUGUGUUUCCUGCUCUGGUUCAGACUCUUUGCGGAUUUCCAUACAGGUGCGUCUCAGGCUCUGCUCCUCGUUUGACAGUCAAAGCAGCAGCAUCCGGCGGCGGGUUGGUUUUCUCCGCCCUGCGCAUCCCACAUCCAGUCACCGCCUGAGCGGAGCGCAGGGGAGUGCCCUAUUCCGCCGACACAAACAGCCUCCUCUUCCUCCUCCUCCUCCUGCUGCUGCUGCUGCUGCUGCUACUGGACCCUUCUGCCGGGAAUCCGCACCGACCUGAGCGCAGAGUACAGCCUCCAUCCGCCGGAUCUGCACACACUCGACCCCCGGUUCCCUCCGGUAGGCCUGACGCAUCAUGGAGGAGUUAGACGUCCCACAGAUGAGGAGAGAAGUAGAGAGUCUUCAAUAUCAGCUGGCGAUCAACAGAGAGAAAUCGUCCAUCACCGUUACUGAGCUGGUGAAGUGGAUCGAAGGUUGUGUUUGUGAAGAUCCUUUCCUGAACCCUGAGCUGAUGAGAGCCAACCCAUGGGUGGAGAAGGGCAAGUGUGUGAUCCUCUAAUGAUCACACACACAACCACCACACACACACACAUACACACACACACACACACACACAACCACAGAUGCAUCUCUACUAAAGAAUCCUGCACUAUCACACCUUCAUUCUAGCUCUUCUUAUUUAUGUAUCGGAGACCCUUGAAUGCACUUGCUUUAUGUAAAGACCCCAGUGUGUGUGUGUGUGUUCUGCAGCACUGAGUAGCUUUCUAGAGAUUUGUUUUGAUGGACUGCUGAGAAAUGUUCAACAACACGUUUUUAUUGGCUCUUUACACUGUCAAUCAAAAUAAAGACUGUUUUGAAUUUA